GAAUCACAUUUCUGCGUCCUCUACUGGCCGGAGGAAGAGUACUCUCGAGGAGCAGGGAGGAAGAAGAUGACAGCCAGAAAGUCUGGGUCUCGAUUAGAGACUGAAAUAGAGCGCUGUCGGUCAGAGGGACAGUGGGACAAAAUACCAGAACUUGUGCGACAGCUUUCUGCCAAGCUAAUCUCGAACGAUGACCUGGGGGAACUUCUGUUGGGUGAAGCCAAACUUCAACAGUACCUGAAGGAGAACCCCAUCAAGCAGGGCACCAGCCCUAAGGUCCCACGACCUCGGCUAGCCGAGGUACGCAAACAUCUCAGUGCCGCCCUGGACUUGAAGCCGGACUACAUGCAGGAGGCAAGUCUGCUGAUGGCUAAGCUGUGCUAUGUGGAGGGGGACUACAUGGAGGCUCUGAGCCAUUACACACGCAUCAACCUGGACGACAUACAGCUGGUCGGGGCACCAGUCUACCGGCUGUCAAUGAUCGCAGAAGCUUAUGCCACCAAAGGACUUUGCCUGGAGAAGCUGCCUGCUGCCUCACCCUCCAUGUCCAACCGCACAGUGGAUCGUGAUCAGGAGAUCAUCACUUGCUAUGAGAAGUCUGGAGAUAUUGCUCUUCUCUACCUCCAGGAAAUGGAAAAGGCUCUCAGUGCUGGAAUACAGAACCGCAGUCCCAAACCUGGACCUGUCUCACAGGAACAGGAGCUUGGAUACUUCCUGGAGACUGGGCUUCAGAGGGCUCACAUUAUCCACUUUAAAAAUGGAAACUUAACCUGUGGUGUCGGGCGCUUCAGAGAGAUCCUGCGUGCUGUUGAAACCAGGACCACACAGAACCUCCGCAUGACUAUUGCCAGACAGCUAGCUGAGAUCCUGUUGAGGGGCAUGUGUGAGCAGAGUUACUGGAGUCCUCUAGAGGAUCCACCUCCCCAGUCUCCCCUGGAUGACCCUCUCUGCCCCAGCUCCUACAGUCGGGAUUACACCCUGAGCAGACGGCCACGCAUGUAUUCUGGAGAAAACCUGUUUUGUCCACAGGAAAACACAGAGGAAGCUUUGCUCUUGUUGUUGAUCAGUGAGUCCAUGGCUAACAGAGAUGCAGUGCUGAGCAGGAUUCCUGAGCACAAUAAUGAUCGUGUGAUCAGCCUGCAGAGUGCCUCAGUGGUGUACGACUUGCUAACCAUUGCUCUUGGUCGUCGUGGUCAGUAUGAGAUGCUUUCUGAGUGUUUGGAGAGAGCCAUGAAAUUUGCCUUUGAAGAAUUCCACCUGUGGUACCAACUUGCUCUCUCACUGAUGGCAGCAGGGAAAUCAGCGCGAGCAGUGAAGGUGCUUAAGGAGUGUAUCCGGUUGAAGCCAGAUGACCCCACCCUCCCCUUGCUUGCAGUAAAGCUCUGUAUAGGAAAUCUUCACUGGCUGGAAGAGGGUGAACGCUUUGCUAAGAUGGUGCUUCACAUGGAUGAAAAGGCAGCAGAGUUUCGGGCUAAAGGGUACCUGGCCAUCGGUCUUGUCUACAGCCUGAAAGCCACUGAUGCAUCCCUGCGAGGAACACAGGAAGAGUACCAGAAGAAAGCUCUUGGCUCCUUUCAGAGAGCACAGUCUCUCUCUCCUACAGAUCAUCUAGCAGCUUUCUACUUGGCUCUACAGCUUGCAGUGUCUCGUCAGAUUCCAGAAGCAUUGGGUUAUGUGCGACAGGCUUUGCAGUUGCAAGGUGAUGAUGUCCACUCCCUGCACUUGCUUGCUCUGCUGCUGUCAGCACAGAAGCACUACCACGAUGCACUCAACAUUAUCGAAAUGGCCCUCAGCGAGUACCCAGAAAAUUUCAUGCUGCUCUUUACAAAGGUUAAACUGGAGACACUGUGCCGUGGGCCAGAGGAGGCACUGCUUACCUGCAAACAUAUGCUGCAGAUCUGGAAAUCAUGCUACAACCUCACAAAUCCCAGCGAUUCUGGACGAGGUAGCAGCCUGCUGGACAGGGCCAUUGCUGACCGGCGGCAGCUAAAUGCCAUGACACUGCCUGACUUCAGUGACCCUGAAACUGGUUCGGUCCAUGCUACAUCUAUAGCAGCAUCACGGGUGGAGCAAGCGCUGUCAGAAGUGGCCUCCUCUCUGCAGAGUAGUGCACCAAAACAAGGCCCCCUGCAUCCCUGGAUGACCCUGGCUCAGAUUUGGCUUCAUGCAGCGGAGGUGUAUAUUGGCAUGUUGAAGCCUGCAGAGGCUACGGCAUGUACGCAGGAGGCUGCCAGUCUCUUUCCCAUGUCCCACAAUGUGCUGUUCAUGAAGGGGCAGGUGGCUGAGCUGCGUGGCAAUAUGGAGGAUGCCAAGCGCUGGUACGAAGAGGCUCUCUCCAUCAGUCCCACACAUGUCAGGAGCAUGCAGAGACUGGGCUUGAUCCUUCACCAACUGCAGCGGUAUAGUCUGGCGGAGAAGGUUUUGCGAGAUGCUGUACAGGUGAAUUCCACGGCCCAUGAUGUGUGGAAUAGCCUGGGGGAGGUGCUGCAGGCUCAAGGUCAUGACGCAGCCGCUACAGAAUGCUUCCUCACCGCCCUGGAGCUGGAGGCCAGCAGCCCAGUCCUGCCCUUCACUAUUAUACCACGCAUGCUCUGACACACACACACACACACACACACACACACAAAACACCUUACCACAUCAACACACUACACUAACAGAGACCACAUGUGUGCUUCUGCAUAUUCUUUCUGUAUUUGACCAACUCAGCCCAUUAUUCCUCAAGGCCGUGAAGACGUGCUCACAUGAUUAUACACAUGCACAUCCACACUCCUUUAAAGCUCCGGACUCCGUUACGCUCCUGUUGCUUCCUCACCCCUUCACCAUUCCUAACCACCUAACUGCAGACUGAAUGCAAUGCUAUAGUGACCAGCAGUUGUCAGUGGACGAUGACACUGCCCAUGAUUUAGUGUAUGGCUCUGUGAGCACUAUCCAUGGCAGUGUUGCUGAUAUUUUCUUGUGUGUGUGUGUGUGUGUGGUAUUGUUUUUGUUUGUGCCUGUUAUAUGAAUGGUAGGUAAUCUGCACUCCUCCCCUCUGUGGAUUCAUUAUGUAUAGUCACACAAACAAUUUUUUUUCCCCAUGCUAUUACCUUGCUAAGCCUAGAUGCAGUUUUGACACAGUGUGAUGUCAUGUCUCGCUAAACAUGGCAUGUGAAUAUUUAAUCUAUGUAAACUCAAAAAUUAGAAGUACAUAAGUGAAGCCAAAAAAUUAUUCUAUGAGCAAGUAUUUUAACUUGUUAUUAAAAUGGUUUUUGCCAUUCAGAAGUCAGGUUUUUGUUAUUGUUAUUUAGUUAUCUGGUAGCUUUUUAUUUAUUUUUCCCAGUGUCUUGUGUUGGAGAGGAAUAGAGCAAUGUUUUAGAAUUUACUGGGAAAGAGACUGAUAAAAGAAAGAUGCAAUGUUUUUGGUCCAGAUUUUUGUUUCAGGUGUGCCUGCUGUCAGUGUUCUUACACUGUCUCCAACAACAACCAUCAGUAUCCUGUAACUACAGCAGGCAGUAUGGCCCUCAAUGAGGGUACAUCCAGGAUACUGCAUUGCUGUAAGAAUGCAGGUAUUCAUAUGUUAGACACCUGCUGUAAUCUGUGACUGUAUGUAUGCGUUUUUUGGAACUUCAGAGCUAAAGCUAAAGUUCUGAAGAUUAAGAAAAUAAGUUAAUUUGCAAAGAAAAACAUCCAAUCUAGUCUGAACCCACAGCCAUGAUACAGUUCUGUUCUGCUGUGGCUUUUAGCUUACCUGUGCCAAAUAAUCAAGACCUGUUGCCUGUCACCCUUACUCGGGUGUGCUGAAAAGUGAAGCAGAUAUAUACUGGCUGUGGCCGUUCAUGGAGUGGGUUGGAAGUGUGUGUGCUGUGGAUGGAUAAACAGUCAGAUCACUAUCCACAUCUCCAGUCAGCUGAAGAACGCCUAUUUUGAUGUCAAUAAAAACAGUUGUAAUUGAAAACAGUGUGGUUUCUAGGAGGCAGCAAGUGUCAAGUUCGAUCUUUUGUCAUUCUAUAAUUUUGCAUUGUGGUGUUACGCUGUUAUGCAAGUUUUGAAUUUAAAAUAAAAAUGAAACAACACUGGACAUUCAUUUAC